GGCUCCAGGCGGAGACGAGGCGGGGCAGGCCGGUUGCUAAGACUUGGCGAAGCGCAACGCUCGCGCCCGCGUCCCUCAGUCAGCCUCGCUGAGGAUGGAGCCCGCCCCGGGCCUCCUGGAGCAGCCCCAGCGCACGGAGGCCGGGAGCCCGGAGCCUGAGCCCACAUCGUGGCAGGUCCUCCCAGUCCUGUCCGAGCAGCAGGCGGGGGACGUGGAGCUGGUGCUGGCCUACGCCGCGCCCGUCCUGGACAAGCGCCAGACCUCUCGCCUCCUGAAGGAGGUGUCGGCCCUGCACCCGCUCCCGGCCCAGCCUCACCUCAAGCGGGUGCGGCCCAGCCACGACGCCAGCUGCCCCCACGCCCUGGAGAUGCUGCUGUGCCUGGCCGGGCCGGCCUCCGGCCCACGCUCGCUGGCCGAGCUCCUCCCACGGCCGGCUGUGGACCCCCGUGGCCUGGGGCAGCCCUUCCUGGUGCCCGUGCCUGCCCGGCCACCUCUGACCAGGAGCCAGUUCGAGGAGGCGCGCGCCCACUGGCCCACAUCCUUCCAUGAGGACAAGCAGGUGACCAGUGCCCUGGCCGGGCAGCUCUUCUCCACACAGGAGCGCGCCGCCAUGCAGAGCCACAUGGAGCGUGCGGUGCGGGCGGCCCGGUGGGCAGAAGCACGGGGCCUGCGGGCUGUGGGGGCCGUGGUGGUGGACCCGGCCUCGGACCAUGUGCUGGCCACCGCCCACGACUGCAGCAGCGCCGCCAGCCCCCUCCUGCACGCCGUCAUGGUGUGCGUGGACCUCGUGGCACACGGCCAGGGCCGGGGCACCUACGACUUCGCACCCUUCCCCGCCUGCUCCUUCUCCCCGGCCACCGCCCCCCACGGCGUCUGCGCAGGUGGUGUGCGCAAACUGGACACGGAUGAGGAUGGCCUCCCCUAUGUGUGCACCGGCUACGACCUGUACGUGACCCGUGAGCCCUGCGCCAUGUGCGCCAUGGCCCUGGUGCACUCGCGCAUACUGCGCGUUUUCUAUGGCGCCCCCUCGCCCGACGGCGCCCUGGGCACCCGCUUCCGCAUCCACGCGCGGCCUGACCUCAACCACCGCUUCCAGGUGUUCCGCGGCGUGCUGGAGGAACAGUGCCUCCGGCUGGACCCCGACACGUAGGCACUGCCCUCCUGCCUCCGGACCUUCGUGCUCCCUGCAUGGGGCACCUCUCCUGCACUUCCUGGGCCUCGACCUCCUUGGCGCAAGCCUUUCUGUGGAUUUUAAGGACACACUGCCUCCGGCGGGGACCCCGAGGGCUGCCUUCCGUGUUGAGCUGCGGCGUGAGCUUUCCUGGCUUAGUCCUUGGCUCACCCCCACACUGUCCUGUGGAGAUCUCCAUGGGUGCCCUCGCUGCCUUUGUGUCCCCUCUGUCUCUCGGGCUAGGAAACAGCUCUAACGGGAAAAUAAACAGCCUAUAACCAAGUGGGUGUCUGUUGACUGGCGUGUGCCUUGGUGGCCAGGUUCCCUCGUGGGGUGAGGUCUGUACAGGGCCUGGUGGCCAACUGGAGGGAGCCUGCUGAGCCGCCGCGUGGUCCGAGCCCUCCACUGGUUCCUGGUAGGACAGGGCCCCCAGCUGCUGCCUCCUUGCCCGCUUCUGGAGCCCCGGUGGUUCCGGGAGUGCCCGGGCCUGAUACUUGGACACUAGGCGUCGCCCACAGGCCACCGACCUGAAGGAGGGACCCUGGCAUUUAGUGUCCUACACAAGUGGCAACGGGGGACCCCAAAGGGCUGAUGCCAGCCUGUCACAGCACAGUGACUGGAGCCGAGUUUGCAGAACGUGAAGCAGGACCUGUGUGUCCACCUGGUGGCAUCUGUCACAUGACCACGAGGGUGCCGCUCAGCCCCCACACAGGCCUGCCCUGAUCCCCUAGCCCGUGGGGGAGGGGUGUGGCAGGCGGGGACUGCGUGGGGAGCUAGUGCAGCGGACAGAACGCGCGGCUGACCAGGAGACCGCCAGACCUGCAGUGGGGGACCCCGUGCCUGGGGCUGGGACCGAGGUGGGCUGAUGUGGCCGGAGCCACAGCAUGGAGGUGGGAGCUGCAGAGGCAUGCCCGGUGGUGGGGGCAGUGGUUGGUCCUCCUCCAUGCUUGGUGCUCAGGGCUCAGCUCCUUCCCCUGAGGGGCAGGAAGGCAGAAAGGAGGGAGGGGGGGCUGGGAGGUAGAAAGAGGACAGAAUGUGCUGUCCCAAGAGCCUGGGGCGCCCCAACCCCGGUGACACCUCCCCGGAUGGGUUGUGUGUGGAGGCCUUAGUUCCUCUGCGCCUCCUCUCCUGGUCUGUGGGCGGGAGGCAGCUCCAGCCCGUGCCCGCCCCCUCGGGCCUGCUCCCUGCCAGGAUCUGGGAUGGUUCCAACCGUGAUGGGCUGUGAUGGGCAUUUCCCUGCUGGCCUGGCCCACCUCCCAAUGGCAGGCCUGCCACCAGGACCACGGAAGCAGCUAGAUCACUCUGUGGUGCGUGGCUGGCAGGCUGGGUCAGGCUGCUCUGGUGCGUCUGCUUGUGGGAUUCCCUUUCAGAAAGGCCAUGUGCCACUUGGAUGCGAUGGGGUCCUAGGCCCUGCGACGUUCACGGGGUGAAAACCAUAGCCCAGACAGGCAGUGUGACUGGCCUGAGGGCACACAGCAGUGAGCUGGCACCUGGUUCUGUUACUCGCUGGGAAGUCAGGCCGUGCAGCACUUAUCCCUUGUGGGCUGAAGCUGGGAUUUGGGGCACGUGGGGGCCUAGGACAGCAGGGGAGGGGCAUCCUGGCUGGGGCGGUAGGUGGGAGGGCUGCAGCCGGCCCUUCCCCUUUUGCCAGCAAGGAUGGUGCACACUCGAGGCGAGUGGAGGGAACCCGUGGGGUGACAUAUAGGGUCAGGUCAGGCCUGUGGCAUCUGCACAGCCCACUGCUCUGCCCAGAGUACAGGGCACAGUGAGGGGCUCUCCAGCCACGGUGGGUGGUUAACGCCCUGCCCAGGGCGACCUGUGAUUCUCUGACUGUCACUGUCUAUUUCCAGGUGGCUGCAGGCUUCAGCCGGCGCCGGUCGGCGAAGAAGAGAUGUCAG